AUGCUAGAAAAGGAGAAAAAUGUAGUUGAAAUAUCUGAUUUAGAUCCAGAAACUGUCGAUAAAAUGUUGUUUUUUAUGUAUUCCGAAGUUUUGGAAGACAGGAAUUGGGACAGCGUUACUAAACUGUAUGUUGCUUCAGAUAAAUAUCAAAUAAUGACUCUCAAAGAUAAGUGUGCUUCGAUUUUGAUUGAUCAAUUGUCUCCGAAAAAUGCUUGCGAAGUCUUACGUCUCGCUGAUAUGCAUUGUGCUUCCGACUUUCUGUAUGCAGUUCAAGAUUUCAUAAUCAUCCAUGAUGAAGAAAUUUUAAAAUCUGAGGAAUGGAAAGAGUUUAUGGCCUCCAAUUCAAAAAUUGCUUGUCAGACUAUGCACAAGGCGUGGCUACAUCGUCCUAAAAGAACAGUGAGGGAGAUAGUUUGA